AGUCACUUGUAGAGUAUUCAAACAUCAAAUAUAUACACCUUCCUUUACUAUAUAUCUUGAAUAACUUGUUCACAUAACAAAGUUUAAAGUAUAAAGAGAAUCAAUGGCUGCUACUGCUAGUGUAUUUUCAAUGAAAGGUUCUUCAAAGGUUCGAUCAUUAGGACGGUACAGUUCAAAGCAAGUUAGGCAGCAGAGGGCAAGGCUUUACAUAAUAUGGAGAUGCACUGUUUUACUAUUAUGCUGGAACGAUUAAAAGUAGUAAGUAUUCAAGAGCUUCAACAAGAAUUUGAGGUUCUAACUAACAUUAUAUUUGAAAGAGGAGAUGAAUAUUUGAGACUUGUAUUGUUUGCAAUUGUAUACUCUUCCAUGGGAACUUUGGGGUGUGAAAUUAUUAACACUCAAAAGUGAUGUAGUUUUUGUUAUUGGGUAGUAGGGUAAGUAAAGGAGGACCUAGAUGAAGCAGGACUUUCUGCUAAAACUGUAAAUUACAAUCUAGUACUCUACCAUGUAUAGAUAAAUAUAAUGAUAAUAGAAAUUUAAGUUGAAUUUCUUCAAGAA